AUGCGGUGGCAUUUGAGCCUGUUGCCCUCAGCACUACUGCAAGUAGGACUACUACAAAGAGGUGCCGUCGCUACGACAGCAUCUAUUCACGAUUCGUCAUGGCAACCCGAAUAUAUACUUCAUGUAACCUUCGAGGAGAUUACUAUGAACUGCGAGCAGCGCGAGUCGGUAAUAUUUAAUGGCACAAUGCCCGGGCCUCCUUUAUACUUGAAGGAGGGAAAGACAACUUGGGUCAGAGUAUACAACGACAUGUCUGAUCUUAAUUUCACGGUGCACUGGCAUGGACUCACCAUGCGAACAGCACCUUUCUCGGAUGGGACACCUAUAGUGUCCCAAUGGCCAAUAGCUCCGGGCAGGUUCUUUGACUACGAAAUACACCCUGAGGUAGGCGACGCCGGUACUUAUUUCUACCAUUCUCAUAUGGGAUUUCAAGCCGUCACAGCCCACGGACUAUUGGUAGUAGAGGAUCAAGACGAGCCGCCUUACCAAUAUGAUGAAGAUAUUCCCAUUGUAUUCGCCGACUGGUACAUGAAAACGGACGAGGAGGUAGAAACGGGUCUCACAUCUAAACCCUUCAAGUGGUCAGGCGAACCCAAUGCCUUGAUCUUCAACGACCGUACUGGAAAUAAAUCAUUCGAGGAAGCACCCGACGACUCUUGCAAACCCUAUAUCGUCAACGUGGAACCCUCAACGACAUACCGAGUUCGAUUUGUUGGCGGAACUGCUAUAUCAUUUGUACAAUUUGGUAUUGAAAGUCACCCUAAUCUCACGGUGAUCGCCGCCGAUGGGCUUUACUCGAAACCCGCUAUUACAGAUCAUAUCCAGAUUGGAAGUGGUCAACGAUUCGAUGUUCUGCUAACUACAAAGAGUGAACAUGAACUUGAAGCGGACGGGAAGAAGGGUCAGUAUUGGUUUCGAUUCGAAAGCCGUGGCCGUCCAGAAGACAUGGGAGGAUAUGCGCUAUUACAAUACAACAUCGAUAGCUUAACAGCGAAGACAAGGAGAAAUGCGGUACAAGAACAUCGGUCGCCCAAUCCACGAGAUGGAAAACAUAAGCGUAGAUUGCCGAAAUUCCCUGAUAAGCCGCCUGUUACUCUACCUCCAGAUGGUAGCUCAAUUCCUCAGUGGCUAGAAUACACUCUGUCGCCCUUGAAUGUUAGCAAGCCAUUCCCUACGCUCAAGGAAGUAACCCGGACCUUGUACAUCACGGUGAGCCAGGAUAUUAUCAAUGGCACAUACGACGGGAGUACAAUAAAUGGCUCAAUGGUGUGGGUGCAAAAUAAUCUGACAUGGACGGAAGUAGAAGCGCAGAAACUACAUUAUACACCAUACCUAAUUCAAGCCUACAUCGAAGGAAAGACGCCAGACUACCAAGCAGCAUUAGCCAAUAACGGAUGGGACCCUAAAACAAGAGCAUUCCCAGCCCUAGUUGGUGAGGUCCUAGAUAUCGUAUGGCAAAGUAAUUCGGGCCCUACAGGUGGCUUCGAGUAUCAUCCUAUGCACGCACAUGGCGAACAUUAUUGGGACCUUGGAUCAGGCGACGGUACAUACAAUGCGGUGGCCAACGAGAAGCACUUCAAGAAUUAUACACCUAUGAAACGAGACACGACGAUGCUACAUCGAUAUGCAUCUAAGGGUGCCGAUAACACCACGUCCGGUUGGCGAGCGUGGCGAAUCCGAGUUACAGAAGACAAUGUGGGUGCCUGGAUGAUGCAUUGCCACAUCCUGCAGCAUAUGAUUAUGGGUAUGCAAACCGCCUGGGUUUUUGGCGAUGCACUGUCGAUCCUUCGGGAGAUCCCCCCACCGUACAUAAGCGGCUACUUAGACUACGGCGGUAAUGCGUACGGAAGCGCAACCGAUGACCCGCUAGUCUUAGAGUAUUAUACAGAGUAA